CCUUCUCCUCCAUGAACUGUGCCCUUUCCCUCCUCGAUCCUGUGUUUUGCAGGCCUGGAUAUCAGCCUAAUUCAUGAUAUACAUCAGAAAACGUUGCAUUUUAAAAAGGUUCAAACCUGGUUCAACAGGUUCAAACCUGGUUCAAACAGGUUCAAACUGCUGCCAAGGUUCAAAUAUUAUCGAUUUUGUCAUUGCCGUUUUCUCCUUUCGAGAUUGUGAAUAUUUUCAAGGACUGCUUAUAAAACUGAGUUUCAUACUUGCGUAGGGGCAGCCCUGAAAUUCCUCUUCAGACGUCAUGGCGUCGGUGUCCACGUGGGCGCGUUUGAAGAGGCUACCGGUCCUCUCCAACAGGAGUGUGCUACUCUACAAGCAUUGAACAUAAUGUGUGAAUAUUGAGAACACAAUGUUUGAAUACAUGUAUGUGCGUUCAGAUCUGUACACCCUACACAGAACAUGUGUUGAACAUACGUCCAGGCAGUGGGCUGUAAACAGGGCUAAUACUAUUGAUUCCAUUUCUGUCUCUGCCUCCCUCCCAGAAGCACAGGGUGGCUACAGCACCCCCCCACUCCAUUUUCACAACAACCCUGUGAGGUAGGUGUGGCUUACAGGAGGACUUCCCGUUGGCUUCCACUCUUGUUCUGUUUGUAUAUUUGUAAAGAAAGCAAAUGUUUCCCAGAAUGACCUUGGUCUCCUCUCAUGCAAAGGAAGCCACAGCGGGCUGUGACCUGACACUUUUUGGGAAUGCAGCUGGGUUUUAUAUCUGCAACACAACAAAAAUAUGACACGAAUAAAGUAAAGGAGACGAAGGGAAUUAAAAAGCCGUUUUGUGUGUGUUGCACAUCCCUAACGGGUUGGUCUGAAAGUUACCAUGAUUAAGAACGCUUAAACUCUCCAAAAUGAAGAAUAUUGAGCUGGCAGUUGGGAAACUGAAAUUUGGAACUGAAAUUUGGUUGGAACUGAAAUUUCUCCAAAGGACACACAUGGGGGGCCCCUUGGACAAGGCACUUCAGCCGUCUUGGCUGUGUGAAUAAAAGUUGGGCUUCACUUGUAUCCUCAUUGCUAAACCAUCACUUGAUUGUGGAUAUUUUAAUAGCCAGCAGUAGCCAAAAUGGCUUACACACCCUUCUUGCUCCACCGGGUAAGAGAUCUGGGACCCAGCUGGCCAGCCUCCAGGGUAUAAAGGCAGCCACUGGAACCUUCUCCUCCUCUCCCUCCUGUCUCACCUGGCCAUUUACUGGUUUCUUGGUAACAGGUGAGGUGGCAAGUUUCCCUAUGAUGUCACUCCAGGCACUAGGUAGAAAAUGGGUGGUUGGGUCAUUUACCACAGGAAAAAGCGAUAGCCCGCUGCAGCUAUGCCCAUAGGAAGCCGACACUGAGGAUAACACGCGGAGCCUAGUGAAGAUGAAUGACGAGGAGCAAAACCACCCAGCCUUCUUCAUCAGGGUGAAGAACCCAGCCGAGCCGGAGUCAGACCCCCUAUUAUCAGAGGAGGGCUCUGAAGACACGGAAGAUUGGGAAGAUUGGGCACAGGAACCCGCUCCAGAAGGAGCCCUGGACGCCACCGCCCCAGGGACUGAGCCCCAGGAGCCUCUGCUAGCACAGCCCGAGGAGGCACAGCCUCCGCCCUACUCCUCUGACUCCGAGGAAUCCUCCUCAGACCUCCUAGAAAUGCAGGACUCUCCCCAGGACUACUGGAGCCAGCGAGUGAAUAACAAGGAGGACUUAAAACCCGGAGACCUCCUAGAGAUCUUCCGUUCUUCUUGCCAGCACUGGGCCAUUUAUGUUGGUGAUCGGAAGGUUGUCCACUUGGCCGCUGAAUAUGACCAUCUUGCCGAUGGGAUUCCCAGUGCCUUGGUCUUGGCCGAUCAAGCUUACGUCAAGAAGGACUGGCUGGAUGACGUCGUACGGAAGGAUCGGUACCGCGUGAACAACAAGCACGACGAGACAUACCCGACUCUCCCCCUUGCCAAAAUCCUGUGGCAGGCGGAGGAGUUGGUGGGGAAGGAGAUGCCGUAUCCUCCCAGCAGCCACAACUGUGAACAUUUUGUUAUGGAGUUAAGAUAUGGAGUUGACAUGAAUGAACAGGAAGCAAUAAAGCCCGGAGACCUGAUCGAGAUCUUCCGCUCUUGCUACCAGCACUGGGCCAUCUAUGUUGGGGAUGGCAAAGUCGUUCACUUGGCCCCGGAAUGUGACCGUCUUGCAAAUGGCGCAGCCAGCGUGUUGGCGGUCUUGUCCGACCGAGCUUCUGUGAAGAAGGACUGGCUGGAGGUCGUGGUGCGGAAAGACCACUUCCGAGUGAACAACAAGCACGACAGCACGCUCCCCGCUCUGCCGCUGACCAAGAUCCUCCAGCGGGCCGAGCAGCUGGUCGGCCAAGAGAUGCCAUACAACCUGACCAGCCACAACUGCGAGCACUUUGUGAUGGACCUGCGAUACGGAGUUGCGAUGAGUGACCAGGUGCGGGUGCGAUACGGAGAAUCGGGUGGGGAGUUCGGUUCGGGACGAAUCGGUAUCCCGUCCGCUCCCAGGCGAAUGGGAAGGGGCCAGAGCUGGAGAGAGGACUUGGAGGUGGGACAACGGAGGUGGUGUCGCUGGGGUCCCUGAAGAGCGUCCAUCUCGACCUUCCUUGCAGGUCACGGAGGCCAUUGCGGUGGGAACGAUCGGCAUGAUGGGCGUGGCGGCCGCGAUGCUCCGAUCCGCGGCCAAGAGGCGCAAGCACCGCAACGAAUAGCUUGUGGGGAGGGGCCCGGGGCCUCCAUGGCGGGAUUGUUAUCAGCUCUGCGGGUGUUUGACCGCCUAGUGUCCUUUAUUUGACAGAUUGUUUUCAGACCACCAGACCCAAAAUUAAAUCAGAUUUCCAUGACAGAAAGCCACCCACCCACCCACCCCGUGCUUGGAGCCAAUAAAACUCUCUUCAGGA